AGCGCUCCAGACUCGACCAUGCCAAGGGGCUUCUUGGUGAAGCGAACUAAACGGACAGGCAGCUCGUACCGAGUGCGCCUAACCGAGCGGGUCUUCCCUCUGCUGGGGCCGCAGGUGGCGCCGCCCUUUCUGGAAGAGGCUCCCACCUCCUUGCCAGAUGUGGAGCGGGUGAAGUCCCCCACCCAGGAGGAGGUCGGAAAGGGGCUGAUGGCGGAGGCUGCCCGGGAACUAUCAGGGUCGCCGUGUUGGGCGGCCGGGGUGAGCCCGGGGGCAGGCGGGCGGGAAGGUGCAGAGAGGAGGGCGGAUGGCAUGGAGGGUCCUGGGCCCGGGUCCGGGCCCAGCCCCAGCCCCAGCCCCACGAAGCCAGUGGGCACGAAGCUGCGUCGGGCGUUCCUGGAGCGCUGCCUCAGCUCGCCCAUCUCCGCCGAGUCCUUCCCCGGGGGCGCCGCCGCGGUGGCCACUUUCUCCUGCUCGGUGGCGCCAGCAGCCGCACCGACCUCAGGGGAGCAGUUCCUGCUGCCACUCCGGGCACCGUUCCCAGAGCCCGCGCUUCAGCCGGACCCUGCGCCCCUCUCGGCCACCCUGCACGGCCAGAAGCGGGCUGGCAGCGGUGAGCGCCGCGCCAAGGUACCUCCGGGCUGCGCUUCUGGACCAGCAGCCGCGGGAAUCAAGAAACCAAAGGCCAUGAGGAAGUUGAGUUUUGCUGAUGAGGUGACCACAUCCCCUGUUCUGGGCCUGAAGAUCAAGGAGGAGGAGCCCGGAUUGCCGUCCCGGGGGGUGGGGGGCAGCCGCACGCCGCUGGGGGAGUUCAUCUGCCAGCUGUGCAAGGAGCAGUACGCAGAUCCCUUUGCCCUGGCCCAGCAUCGAUGCUCCCGCAUUGUGCGCGUCGAGUACCGCUGCCCCGAGUGUGACAAAGUCUUCAGCUGUCCUGCGAACCUCGCUUCGCAUCGCCGCUGGCACAAGCCGCGUCCCGCAGCUGCAAACGCUGCCACAGUCUCCUCCGCCGACGGGAAGCCGUCUGCGUCGUCGUCUUCGUCCUCCCCGAAAUCCGGGGCCAUUACAUCUUUUCUGGCCGAGGGCAAGGAGAACAGCCGGAUAGAGCGAACUGCGGAUCAGCACCCGCAGGCCAGGGACAGCUCCGGGGCAGAUCAGCACCAGGACAGCGCCCCGCGCCACGGCCUCCAGGUGCGGCCUCACCCGGAGCCCCCGCUGCCACAGGGCCCCUAUUCGGAGGGGGUGUUUGGGCGCCAGGGGCAGGUGCCGGGCAGUACCACUGGUGGCGGGGGACCUGAGAUCUUCGUGUGCCCCUAUUGCCACAAGAAGUUCCGUCGCCAAGCCUAUCUGCGUAAGCACUUGGGUACUCACGAGGCAGGCGCGGCCCGUACGCUAGCCCCGGGUUUUGUCUCCGAGCGCGGCGCCCCGCUUGCCUUCGCUUGCCCGCUGUGCGGGGCGCACUUCCCGUCCGCAGAUAUCAGGGAGAAGCACCGGCUGUGGCACGCUGUCCGCGAGGAGCUGCUUCUGCCCGCUUUGGCAGGGGCUGCGUCCGAAACGCCCGGCCCAGGCGGGGCAUCUGACGGGGGUGCUCAGCAGAUUUUCUCGUGCAAGCACUGCCCGUCCACCUUUUUUAGCUCUCCGGGGCUGACUCGGCACAUCAAUAAGUACCACCCCUCAGAAAGCCGGCAGGUAUUGCUGCUGCAAAUGCCACUGAGGCCCGGCUGCUGAGGGCCAAGAGACAGGAGGACUUCAAAUUCGGCCUUGGAGCAAACGAGAUCAUGGGAAUUUCUGUGGGGCUUUCUUCCACUUGCAAGUUUACUUUCUUUCCUUCCUAUGUUUUCUCACCUAAAACUCUCCCGGUAGUCUUACGUUCCGCCAGCGGAGCGGACAGUGAAAUGUAAAAUCCCUCUCUAGAGCAGGUAGGUAUAAGGUACAAACUCCUGCAAUCAGACUGUCACCUUUAAAUCCUUCUCAUUUUCCGCAAAUAGAAUUUUCCCCCUCAAAACUCUGGAGACCUUAGAGUCCAAUAUGAUUUGUAAUUCCUAUGGAAAGUAGCAGUGAAUGCGUGCAUGUCUCAAUGUCUGCAAAGGGUUCUGGCUACCCAAAGUGGUAGUAACGGAUUUUUUCUUUC